UGCUUAUUUAUUAAUUGAUAUCACGAUUUAAUUCUUAUUUAAGAAGAUAUCACCAAAAUUUUCCUUAUUCUUACAUAAAUUUCGUUCCUACAGAUAUAUGAUUUGACUAAAUAUGGCUAAAAGUGAUAUUGAUAAUACACAUUUUCCAGGAGACUCAAGAUUGGAAUUUGUUACAGGUUUUGAAAAAAAGCCUCUAUACAAAAGUUUAGAAGUAACAUUUCCUUCAACAAAAGGAUUUUGCACUGCAAAAAGAUCUUGUUUAGCAAUAGUCGUGGUUCUCAUAUUGAUAUUUAUAAUAGCUCUAACGGCCUCCCUUUCUCGCACUUCACAAUGUAAACACAAACACAACGCCGACCUCUUUCCACUUGAUUCCGAUUAUCCCGAUCAUGAGCAUCGGAAAUUUUUUGCCCAGAACGGCUUCAGGUUGCCCAGCAUUAUAGAACCAAUCUUGUACAAUGUAACCAUAAGCCCCGAAUGGACCAAGACUGGCAGCGCUAAUUUUUUCAAAGGCCGGGUUUUUCUGACAUUUCGCGCUUUGGCUAACUCCGACUUCUUAGUGCUUAACAACAAAGACCUACGUUUCACGCGCGUCGAACUAAAUAUCCUUCUACCGUCUGAGAUACCUACAAUUGAUGCAAGGUUUGGUAUCCCUGUAACCGGUCUAACCUACGAUGACGAAGUUUACGAAAUGGUUAAAAUAGAUCUGAAAAGCCGACACGAAAACAUUUGGCAGAAAUUCAAUGAUCCCAAUCAUAUUGGGAAAAAGGAGGGAAUCGAAGUGGGAACCAGCUAUCUGCUAGACAUUAGCUAUUAUGGGAACAUUAGCAAGAAUAUGAAUGGGCUUUAUUCUAGUAGCUACACUGAUUCUGUGGGCCAAGAGCACUACUUACUCUCAACCCAAUUCGAACCGAAUUACGCCCGGCGGGCCUUUCCUUGUCUGGACGAACCCGCUUUUAAGGCACACUUCUCGAUUUCCAUGGACAGGCCCCGUGACUUGCUUUCGCUGUCUAACAUGCCAUUGCAGGCAUCUCGACCCGUUGAACCCGAAAAUGGUUUGGUCAGGGAUUAUUUUCAGCAAUCCGUAAAAAUGAGUACAUACCUGGUAGCGUUCGUCAUUUGUGAUUUCAAAAUGGUUUCCGGCAAAACCAUAUCAGGAACACUGGUUGGCGUUCACGCGCCCGCCGAACAGAUUGACCAAGCGAUUUUCGCUAAAGACGUUGCUAUAAAGGCCUUGGAUUUCUACGAAAAAUAUUUUGAUAUUCCUUUCCCCUUGCCCAAGACAGAUUUAAUUGGCAUUCCCGAUUUUUCUGCUGGUGCCAUGGAAAACUGGGGUCUUAUAACUUAUCGAAUGGUCGAUUUACUUUAUAAACCGAAUGUAACGUCUGAAAGUCAGAAAGAACGGGUCGCUAUUGUCAUAACUCACGAAUUGGCUCAUCAAUGGUUCGGCAACCUGGUAACAAUGUCUUGGUGGGACGACCUUUGGCUCAACGAGGGAUUUGCCACUUAUAUGGAGUACGUGUGCGCAGGCGCAAUCUUCCCUGAAUGGCAAAUGCUCGAUAAGUACGCCCCAGACACAGCACCUACAGCCCAUUUCUUAGACGCUUUGGUUCAUUCGCAUCCAGUCUCCCACGCCAAGGUAGAAAGUCCUUCCGAUAUGCAAGCAAUGUUCGACGCCAUCUCUUACAACAAGGGUUCUCUCCUGCUCAGGAUGUUGGACGGAAUCAUAUUGGACAAGGAAGUCUUUAGAAUGGGUCUGCAAAAGUACCUAAAGGAUCACCAAUAUGGCAAUGCGCAAUCCAUCGACUUAUGGCGUGGUCUUCAACAAGCAUUUCUAUCAAAAUCCGUUAAGCCAAACAGCUCGGAUCAUAGCCUGAUAUGGGCUAUCCAUGAUGAGGGCAUUAGUAGCAAAAGCGAUGACAUCGACAUAGCCUUUAUAAUGAACGGCUGGGUAACUCAAAAAGGCUAUCCCUUGAUUACCGUCUCAGACCCUGUCCCAUUACCCGAUAUGGAUGGCACUUACACCAUAGACAUUUACCAAACCAAAUUCGGUUUUAAAUACGGCGAAGAACCCAUUAAACUCGCUAAUUCUAUUAGUUGGCAAGUUCCUUUCACCCUUCUGAUUCCAUCAAAAAAUCUUGAAACAAGCCCAGCUACUUUGAAAUAUAUUAAUACGACCAUUUGGCUCAAGAACCAAAAUAUAUCUCACCCUCUUACCAACUCCCUCAAACCCGAUUGGUUGAAGGGCAAUUUGGAAUACGCGGGCUAUUACUACGUGACAUACGGGCCCAAAAUUUGGGAAAAUUUAGUCCAGGAUUUAAAGUCGAAUGCUGAUAUCAUGUCGUCGCUUGAUAGGACCCAACUCAUAAUCAACACCUUUUCCCUGGCUCGAUUCGGUCAUAUUUCGUUCACCCAAGCUUUCGACUUCGUGAUCUACAUAAAUCCUAAACCGUUUUCCGCUACCUUUAUCAACAAAUUACACAUAGGUACCCUAAACGAGAAAUCCGAAAUCCCAUUGAUGACCAUAAUUGAAACGCUUUCAACAAUAAGAAGUUAUUUCGGGUACUAUUUUGACUCGGAGAGUAAAGUUGUUUACCAGAAGCUAUUACCUGCCUUCAUCUAUAAACUCUUGUUGAACGAAUUGCUAGAUAAAUUUGAUGUCUGGAAAAAUGGCGAAAAUCUUUCCCACUUACAAAUAUACUUGCAAGGGAAAGUAAUAAAUAUGGCAGUUAGUCUUGGUCACAAGCCUACUAUACUGAAAGCCAGACCAUAUUUCGAACAAUGGAUACAUCAGCAUUCUAACUCUAAGACGCAUUUGCCAUUCCCCGACCUUUCUUCCGCCAUUUUGAGAUCUGGGAUUGAGCACGGAACCGUUAAGGAUUGGGAAUUGGCCUGGAAAGCUUACAAGGCUUCUAACGUUCCUUCCGAAAAAAUUGAAAUACUAUACGCGCUCGCUUAUACUUCGGAUGAGAAACUUCUAGAGAGGCUACUCUCUUUAGUGCUUGCCGGUCUUAACCCCCCUAUAUCUCCUUCCGGCGAUUUGAUAAGGGCCCAAGAUGCUACCGGUAUUUUAUCACGAAUUUCAGCCUGGUCCCCUAUAAUGUUGGCACGUACACGAGUUUGGACGCUUUUGCGAAGGCACUGGGACGAGUUCUCGCACGCUUUCGGGGAUUCUACUUCGUCCCUAGACGGGCUUGUCAAGGGAGUUUGCAAAAGUUUCGACAGUCCAGCGUUGCUGGUCGAAUUUAAUGCUUUUUUCCGCGAUACCAAGAAAGCCGCAGACGCGGUCGGCCAAGACAGACUCGGACAGCUAAGGGAAAUUAUAGUACUCAAUAUCGCUUUCGCCGAAAAACAAGCCCCUGGCAUUGUCAAAUGGUUGAAGGAAAAGAAUCUAUCCUAAAUUUUUUUAUAUACACUUAAACUCACAUAAAAUGUUUGCAAAUAUAUUAUAUGAAUUAUUUUCUUUUAUGCUUUCAUUAAAUUAACUUUAUCGGCUGACACUGAAGAUUAGAAAACUAUACUAAACGAGUGUCUCAUCUAACAUACAAAAUGUUUUUCUAAAUAUAAUAUAUUUCUCAUUUCUUCCUUAUUUUUUUGCGUUUUUUUAGAGAUGUCUAAUAUAAAAAUCCCCACCCCCCCCCCCCUUCCCCAACUGCAUAACAAUUGUAAUAAUAUUUCUUUGCAUUAUUUUCUCUUAUGAUGUGUCCGAAUUAUUUAUGAACAAAUCAGAGAAAAUUUUGCAUUCUAUUAAAUAAAAGUGGAUUUACUUCAACUGGGUAAUUUUAUUUUUUUGUUUUUCUUUAUUUUUACAAGAGAAAAAAUGGUAUUAGAUUAAACAUUGUCCUCAUUCAUUUAUUUAUAUUGCUUCUUCUUACCACAAUAUUUUGAUAAAAAUCGGUAUUUCUAAACCUCAAAAAAACUUAUAAAUCGAUAUUCUCUCUUAUAUAACACAUAUUCUUUUGUGAAACUCAAAAUAACAAUCAUUUUUUUUUAAAAAAGGACCAAAAAGUCAUUAUUUUGUAAAUUUAAUCAUAAAUUAAUGUUGAAGUUGGAUUGUGUAUUGUAAUCAUUCCUUCCUUAUAAAUAUUUCCUUUAUAAUCGUUAAUCCUAUUUUUUUAUUAUUUUUUAUAUCCUUGUUAACUUAUAUGAAUAAUUUUAUAAAUACAAUUUUUUCCUUCUUAAAUUUGUAACCCUUUUUUUCUUCUUAAAUUUGUAACCCUUUUUUUCUUUCGUUAUUUAACAAAAUUUUAAUAACUUUUAAAGCGGUCCUUGUUCCGUCCAACGAUAAAUUGUUCAAUAAUUUGUAAAUUUAAAUUUAUUUAAUAUAUUAUCUAUUUUGUAUUAAAUUUGUAAAACAUUUAUAUUUAAGAAAUUACCCGUUGCGAAGCUGAGAUAAAAAUAAUAAAUAUUGAAAUUGUA